GCCUCCACGACGCAACUCCUGAAGUUUUACAUUUGAUACUGACAAACCUUCUUUACGGGCCAAGGGAUCAAUUUGGCAUAGCGGCUGAAACGAAAGAAACUUUCUUAAAAAGUCUUUGUCGUGAUUUCCCUCGAGAACUUGUACCUGUUGUGUUAGCACCAUUGUUAUAUCGAAGUAAAGGAGAUCUGCCUAUGGAUAAAAUUAAUCAAGAUAGUUCAACCAUGACUAACACAAUGUUGGAUGGUUCAUUAGCAGAACUGAUCAUGGAGAUGGGAUAUGGGUUCUGCUCUUCAGUUGAAGAGUGUCGUAAUAACCUUGUGAAUCUUGGCGCACGAGAAAUUACGCCACCAGCAGUGGCCCGUGUACUAAGCAUGAUGGUUCGCUCCCACACGGGCCUUGAAGAACAAGUUGCUCUACAGAAUAUCCAGACUCCAGCUAGCUUUUGGAGUAGUGGUGAGUCUGGAUCAAAAGAGAAGGGAACUACAGAUGCCAGCCAUCCUACCUCAUGGAAUGUCGAAAUAUUUGUACAAACUUUGAAGGAACUGGUUCCAAGUUUGUCAUGGGAUGAUAUCAUCAUAGAGUUGGACCACGCAGAGUUUGUUGUGAAAGACAGGCAAGGAUUAAAUCUUCUGUUUAUUGCCCUUAGGCUAGGGCUUCAGAAUCAAGGAUUUCGUCCAGAAAUCUUCCCUGUUGAUUUUUUGUACAGGCAUUGGAAGAAUGCGGAUGGCCAGUUUUCAUUGGUUCAGCAAAUUUUAAAAAAUCCAGAUGUGUUUUGUUUUGCUGAUUAUCAAUUCCAUUCAGUGGCUGUGGACAUCUUGAAGGCUCCUCCUGAAAGUGAUAAUAAGGAAAUCACCACUUGGAGAUCAUUGGACCUGGUGGAAACCUUACUGUACCUGUCAGAUCGUGGCCUCUACUCUCAAGUGCAGGAAAUGUUUAAAUUACCAAUACAACACUGUCCAGAUGUGCUGGUAUUGGCACUUUUACAGAUCAAUCCUCCAGUUACUGUACUACGUCAAGAAUUACUUACAAAUUUGAUACCUAUAUUUUUAGGAAAUCAUCCUAACUCAGCCAUAAUACUUCAUCAUGCAUGGCAUUCACAGAAUAUUUCAAUCAAACCAAUUAUCAUGCAUGCAAUGGCAGAAUGGUAUAUCAGAGGUGAUAGUGACCAAACAAAGCUGUCUCGAAUAUUAGAUGUUGCACAAGAUCUGAAGGCUUUGUCAAUGUUGCUGAAUGCUCAGUCAUUUCCAUUUGUGAUUGAUUUGGCAUGUCUUGCAUCAAGACGGGAGUAUCUGAAAUUGGAGAAGUGGCUGACUGACAAAAUUCGAGAACAUGGAGAACCUUUCAUAUCAGCUUGUGUCAAAUUUCUGCAGCGUCGGUGUCCACAGAUAAUGGGGAACAAUGUGAAGGAAGAAAACUUACCUAAAUCAGCACAGUUACCUCAUGAGACGUUAACAACGAUGCUAGCUUGUCUUCAGGGAUGUGCUGGGAGUGUUUCUCAGGAUUUGUCACAGACCAUCCUGACAAUGGUUGGUAAUUGUAGUAUAUUGCUAAGCAAACCUCGACAACCGCCUCCUGGAGUUUUGCGACACAGAGGCAUAGAACCAGGAUUUAAUCCGACAUCACUUGGAGGACAAUUGUUUUCUGCAACUCAGGUCCCUCAAGUGGACCCUAUUGCUAAUAUUGGUUCAAGUUUGGCCAGUAUCAAUCUUGCUGGUGCUCCAGCAGGUAUGGGGCCUCCUAGCAGUUCUGCUUUCAAUCUGCCAGGCGCCUUGGGCCCAUUAGUUUCUGCACCAGGAUCUCCCUCCAGGAUCAUGGGUCCUACUGCUCCAGGUCCAUCACAGAGUCCAUUUCCCCUUAUUUCAUUAGGUUCUCAGUUGCAGCACUCUGGAGCAGUUGGUACACAGGUUGGACCUGGACCAGCUGCCACAUCCCUUGUUCCUGGUGUUGGAGUUGGUGCCAUUGGGGCACUUGGAGGACGCAUGGGCCCACAGUCCGGGGUGGAGAAGACACGGUUAGGUGAAGCAUCAAGCAUCUUUCCAGAAAUGUCACAGAACGUGUCAAAGGAAAUUGAAGAUGAAGCAAACAGCUACUUUCAGAGAAUUUACAACCACCCACCACAUCCUACCUUAUCAAUUGAUGAGGUUCUAGAAAUGUUGAAGAAGUUUCAAGAUUCAUCCAACAAGAGAGAGCGAGAGGUCUUCAACUGCAUGUUGCGGAAUCUUUUUGAAGAGUACAAGUUUUUCCCCCAGUAUCCAGAUAAGGAGCUGCAUAUCACUGCUCAGCUUUUUGGUGGUAUUAUUGAGCGAGGUCUUGUUAGCAGUUAUAUGACCUUAGGUCUGGCUCUGCGAUUUGUAUUGGAUGCCCUGAGGAAACCAAAUGCAAGCAAAAUGUACUACUUUGGAAUUGCAGCACUUGAUCGAUUCAAAUCUCGGUUGAAGGAUUACCACAAGUACUGUGAGCACGUUGCAGCAAUCCAGCAUUUUUGUGAUUUCCCUCCACACUUGAUUGAGUAUGUGGAAUAUGGCCUUCAGUCCCAAGAACCUCCAAAUAGACCACAGGGUCCAGUUUUGCCAGUUACUCUGCAGUCAGUGUUGACACCCAUACCAGUAGCUACAACUGCAUACAAGACAGUUACAGCAACAACUGUAACCACUACAACAACGGUAGCAAAAACUCCAACAACCACUCCAGCAAUAGCUACACGAGUAAGUGGGCCGUCAAUCGCAAAUGCUACAAACAUUGAUACGUUACUAGUAGCAACUGAAAAGGAAGACAAGAUGACUGCUCCUCCAGAAGCCCUGCAGGAUAAAAUUGGUUUUGUCUUCAAUAACCUGAGUCAACUGAAUUUGCAGACAAAGUGUGAUGAACUGCGAGACAUUGUGACAGAGGAAUAUUGGCCCUGGAUGGCCCAGUAUUUAGUGAUGAAGCGAGCAAGCAUAGAACUUAACUUCCAUACACUGUAUUCCAACUUUCUAGAUGUCUUGAAGAUUCCAGAGCUCAAUCAAAUGGUGUUAAGAGAAACUUUUAGGAAUAUAAAAGUGCUGUUACGAAGUGACAAAGGUAUUGCAAAUUUUUCUGAUCGGUCAUUGUUGAAGAAUCUGGGUCAUUGGCUUGGAAUGUUAACUCUUGCAAAGAGCCGACCCAUUCUGCAAGUGGACAUAGAUUUGAAAGCCUUGCUUGCCGAGGCUUAUCACAAAGGACAACAAGAACUCCUGUAUGUUGUACCAUUUGUCGCUAAAGUGCUUGAGUCUUGUUCAAAAAGUAAGGUGUUUAAACCUCCAAACCCAUGGACCAUGUCCAUUAUGAACGUUCUGGCAGAGCUUCACCAAGAGCCAGAUCUUAAGCUGAACCUAAAGUUUGAAAUUGAAGUUCUGUGCAAGAAUUUGAACAUUGAUGUUGUUGAUCUGAAGCCAUCUCUGUACCUGAAAGAUCAGGAGAAGUUGAGGAAUUUGGAGUACCAGUUAUCACAUCCCAAUAAAAAGCCAGAACCUCCAUCCCAGCCAGCCAUAUCGCAAUCUCCAGCUCAGCAGCAGACAGCUCCAGCCACAUCUGCAACUGUAGUAUCAGCAGAAGAGAUAUCUCAGAUUGCAAUCUCAUCAGCACCAACACCACCCACAUCAGUGGCACCAACAAAUACCACACCUACUUCAAAUUUGCCAGCUGGGCCACCAGAUCCUCGAUUCAGUUACGUGGACAUUAAUGUGGCUGGGAUUGGUAAUUUGGCACCUCAUGUAACUGUGAAUGGACAGCUGGCUCUGUUCCAAACUCACCCUCAUCUCAAGCAGUUCAUUCGACCAGCCGUGGAGCGAGCUGUACAGGAAUGGAUUCAUCCUGUUGUGGACAGAUCCAUCAAGAUAGCGCUCACCACAUGCGAACAGAUAGUCAAGAAAGAUUUUGCCUUAGAUCCAGAUGAAUCUCGUAUGCGCGCAGCUGCACAUCAUAUGGUUCGAAAUUUGACUGCAGGAAUGGCUAUGAUUACUUGUCGGGAUCAGUUGCUGGUUUCAAUUAGUACAAAUCUCAAGCAGACAUUUUUAUCUACACUUAUGAGUGCCACACCUCAGCAGAAAGAUUUGGUAGAACAGGCUGCGACAGUUGCUGCUCAGGACAACAUGGAGUUGGCCUGUGCUUUCAUUCAGAAAACUGCUAUCGAGAAAGCAAUUCCAGAAAUAGACAAGCGACUUGUAACGGAGUUUGAAUUACGAAAACAUGCACGCAAUGAAGGUCGGCGCUACUGUGAUCCUCUAGUACUUACGUAUCAGGCUGAGCGUAUGCCUGAACAAAUUCGAUUGAAAGUGGGAGGUGUUACUCCUCAACAGAUGGCAGUCUAUGAAGAGUUUGCACGCAACAUUCCCGGCUUCCUGCCACUCACAGAUCGAGAUGCAGCAAUGUUCAUCCCAAAAUCUGUUGCGCCAGACUCGAACACACCAGUAACACCAUUUCAGAAUUCAGGACCUUCCCAACUAACCUAUGGAACAGAUGAACUUGGUGCAGUAUUUGAAAAGAUUGCGAAUGAUUUAGAUCAUUACCUCCAAAACAUAAUUGGAAAUCAAGCAGUUAUACCAUCCAGUUGUCAAGUUGGCAGCUUACACAAUCUGUUGGAGGCACUGAUUAUUGCUAGAAAAUCAAGAGAUGCCAUGUCAGCUGUUUCUCUACUACAAAAGGCUGUUGAGGGAAUGUUGGACGGGUUAACCUCAAUGCCAAACGACCCUGAAAUGAUGAUCAGAUAUCGAGAUAUUCACCUUAGGAUCUUGAAAGCCCUGCAAGACCCUAGAGCAUAUGGCAUACAGUGGACUAACAAACAAGUGACCAGAUGCUUGAUGGAGUGUCGAGAAGAAUUCAGGUAUAAUGUAGAUGCAGUAGACUGCCUCAUUCGUUCACAUUUGGUCAGCCUACAGCAGUAUGAUGUGCAUUUAGCACAAUCUAUGGAUAGUGGCUUAAACUACAUGGCAGUUGCAUUUGCCAUGCAGUUAGUGCAGCUGUACCUUGUGGAUGAACGACUGAACAGCAAUGUUACAGAGAGCGACCUGUAUCAUACCAUAGAGAUGCUGGCACGUAUUGCGACCCACUCCAGGCAGCCUCCAGAUGGGUUAACAACUCUGAUCGAAUUGCUUCGAGCCAAUCAUGACCCAGGUGUCCUUGUGGAUCGAGCUCAGGGUGGUCCAACAGCACACAUUCACUCAGGAAUCUUGCAAGUUAGGGCUAGAGAUUUUGACGAUCCUCCUGGGUUGCUGGAGAAAACUGAAUUUUUGCUGCGAGAAUGGAUUUCCAUACAUUAUUCUGCUACAGCUGGAAGAGAUCCAACCAGAGCCUUCAGUAUAUUUGUGCAACAGGUAUGGCCUAUUGCUAUGAACGGCCACGGAAUCCUGAAAACUGAUGAUCUUAUCACACGGUUUUUCCGUCUCAGCACACAGAUGUGUGUUGAUUUGUGUUACCGUUUCCUUGCUGAACCAGCCAGCACACCAACAUUGAUUCGCACAAAAUGUUUCCACACUCUUGAUGCUUUUGUUCGUCUAAUAGCAUUAUUGGUGAAACAUUCUGGCGAUGCUUCAAACACAAACACAAAAAUCAACCUGCUAAACAAAGUGUUGGGUAUUGUAGCUGGAGUCCUUCUGCAAGAUCAUGACAACCGUCUCACCGAGUUCCAGCAGUUGCCUUAUCAUCGUAUCUUCAUCAUGCUGUUCCUUGAACUUAACACCCCUGAACCAAUCCUAGAGGCCAUAAAUUACCAGGUUCUCACUGCAUUCUGCCACACACUGCAUAUUUUGAGGCCUGCCAAAGCUUCUGGCUUUGCAUACGCAUGGCUUGAGCUUGUCUCUCACAGGGUGUUUAUUGGGCGGAUGUUGGCUAUCACUCCACAGCAGAAGGGUUGGGGAAUGUAUGCACAGCUCCUCAUCGACUUGUUCAAGUUCCUAGCUCCGUUCCUUCGUAAUGCAGAACUCGCAAAGCCUGUCACACUCUUAUACAAAGGAACUCUGAGAGUCCUGUUGGUGCUUCUGCAUGACUUCCCAGAAUUUCUCUGUGAUUAUCACUAUGGAUUUUGUGAUGUAAUUCCACCUAACUGCAUUCAGAUGAGGAAUCUGAUCCUGUCAGCAUUUCCCAGGAACAUGCGGCUUCCUGACCCAUUCACUCCCAACUUGAAGGUUGAUAUGUUACCUGAGAUUGCUCAUGCUCCUCGUGUUCUGACCAACUUUGCAUCGAUGAUUCAGCCAAUGAGUUUUAAGAAGGAUCUGGACUCUUACUUAAAGGCCAGAGCUCCAGUGACAUUCUUGUCUGACUUGCGCAGCAACUUGCAGGUAUCAAAUGAGCCAGGGAUGCGCUAUAAUAUUCCUCUGAUGAAUGCCCUGGUGCUGUAUGUUGGCGCGCAAGCCAUCAACUUCAUCCGCAACAAAGGGCUUACUCCAAACAUGUCGACUAUUGCACACUCUUCCCACAUGGAUAUAUUUCAGAAUUUGGCUGUGGAUCUUGAUACAGAAGGACGUUACCUGUUCCUCAAUGCUAUUGCUAAUCAGUUGCGGUAUCCAAACAGCCAUACACACUACUUCAGUUGUACGCUGCUGUAUUUGUUUGCUGAGGCUAACACAGAAGCAAUCCAGGAACAAAUCACAAGGGUUUUGCUUGAGCGACUGAUUGUUAACAGGCCUCAUCCUUGGGGUCUUCUCAUUACAUUCAUUGAGCUUAUCAAGAAUCCAACUUACAAAUUCUGGAAUCAUGAGUUUGUACAUUGUGCACCAGAAAUUGAAAAGUUGUUUGAGUCAGUAGCUCGGUCCUGCAUGGUGCAGAAACAGGUGCAACCACCACAGGAGAAUGAGCUGACGGAAUAAGUCACAAAUUAAACAAACAGCAGUAAUGUAUACAAGUCUGUUGAUUUUCAGUAUGUUGUAAAUAUCAAAAAUGAUAGUGAAUCUAGUCUAGAAGGAAAGAUCACUUGACUAUUUUUUGUAUUCAUAGUUUUUUAUGUCUAAUUUUUGAUGAUUGUGUGAUGAAAAGAUGUAGUUACUUGCAGCCAUUAUCUUUGUUUUCUUAUAUAAUUCAGCUAAUGAGAAUAUUUCAUGUUGGGAGAUUUGAGAAGAGUUCAACACACUAUGAUAGAAAAAGCCUAUUAAUAUGAUUAGGGUACAAAUGUUUCUUUUUCCAUGAUUUUGGAAUUAUAUUAGACCUUGGCAACAGAUUUCUCCCUGCAUUUGUCAUAUAUGAGAUUUGCUAUGAAACUUUGAAGCAGAAGUUGCCAUCACAAUCAGUAUGUGAUAUAUUAGAAGUGAUGUUUCAUUAACAGUCUUACAGGUAUUAAAGCUUUUAGUGUCAAUUAUUUACAGAAAUAGAGCAAUAACUACUUCAUAUUGUAUUGACGAUCUGUUUGCAUAAGAUGAAGACAGUGCACAGGAUUUUGCAUGUUACUUUGAAAGAAAGAUAUUUGAUUUUUAUGUUGUAAUUAAGGGUUGUAGUUACAUUUGGGAACAAUUUUUCAAAUAUGUGAAUAAUGAAACUCCAUAAUGUUAAUUUCCAAACUUUGUAAUGUAUGCACACAUUCUGUAUUUACUUUUAGUUUAAAAGAAGAGUAAUUGUUUUGUGGUAUAUGGUGCAACACAAAGAAUAACAUGUUUCUGUAUAGUUAUGUAAAAAAUUUUAAUAAUUGCAAAAAUGCAUUUAUUUAUUAAUAUGGAAUUAUAUGGGGGAUACUGUAGUGAAACAGAGUGUCACUUGCAGCCUUUUUGUAAUAUCUAUUUCUUCAUAUAAAUAUCAUGAAAUUUGUGCUGUCUUGGCUUGCAAGUACCAGAAGAAUUUCUGCUAGGAAAGAAUUUUUCAUAACUUCUUACUACUGUGGUGCAGGGUCUUUUGUGUACACAUGAGAGAGAUAAAGAAUGAGUGGUCCAUAA